CUCACCUUGACCUCCGCAACCUGCACACUGCCUACGAGCGCGCUCGUCCGACACACCUAUUGCCCCAAGGCUGACCGCUUCCGAUCUUGUGAGCGCCUCUCACGCGCCUUUCCCACGCUCAACCCGCUCGAUGAAGCUGGUCGAUGACACCUCCAAGCGGGACAAUGACACCAGGCACGCUGAAGGCCAGGGCGGCGAUGUAACGUCUGCGGUUAGCAGGGCUUCUACCGAUCGAUACGGCCACGAGCCGUUCGACUCCUUCCGGGAUAAAGUCGCCCAGCUCUGCGCCGACGAGUUCGGUCCGCGCAACAUCACGAUCGAGCGCAUGAAGGGCGGGAGCUUCAACCGUGUCAUCGGCGUCACUGUUGCGCCGCGUUCGACGAAGAAAUUGACUUUGAAGCGACUCCGCUCCCUCCUGCCCCGUAUGUUGAAGGACCGCCGCGCCAAGAAGAUUUUGAAGUACGUUCUGCGCAUCCCACGGUACCAAACUGGAGAGUACGGGCUGGCAUAUGACAUUGCAGUUCUACGAUUCGCUCGGGCGCACGUCGACUUUCCAAUCCCGCAGGCCAUCUUCUUUGAUGCGAACCCUUGGAAUGUCCUGGGCUCUCCGUAUAUGAUGCUAGACCGCCUAGUCGGUCAGAAUCUGCAAGAUGUUUGGAAGAAGCUCACACAUGCGCAGCGCGCAUGCGCGCUGCGACAGAUCAUGAAAAUGAUUACCCAACUUCAGGCCGUCACUAGCACUCUUGCCGGCGUCAUCCAUCCCUCGAAUGAUCCAGUCUCAAUGACAGAAGUGCAGAUUCAAAAGUUCCUCGUAACCUCCCGCAACACGACUGUGUCCAGGUCUCAAAUUCCUCCAACGCCACCCAAUUCUCCACAGACAACGCAAGAGCUCCUGCUGGACCAGUCUGAUCGGUGGAUUGCGCUCGAGAAAGCGAUCAACAGGAAUGGCUUCGUCGUGCCGCAGCAGUAUAAGCUGAGGAAGAUCAUCCUCGCCCUUCAUGAACAAGGCCUCAUCCCCGACACCGACAAGUUCCACCUAUGUCAUGCCGACCUCUUCCCGCGUAACAUCCUCGUCGACAUCCCCAAUCAUCAGACGGUCAACAUCACGGGCGUGCUGGACUGGGAUGCCGAAUACUCCUAUUUCGCUCCCAAAUUUGUUGCCUACCGCGCGCCGUUCUGGCUAUGGCAUUCCGACCAGUCUAGCACCGAAGCCGAGCGAAGCGAGAUACUCGCAGCGAUCGAGCCGGCGAAUCCAGAGGACAAGGAGAUGAAGAAGCUGUUCGAGGGGUUGGCCGGCGAAGAAUGGAAGCGUUAUGCGUUGACGCCGGAAUAUAUCAUUGCGCGGCGGAUGUGGCGGCUUCUGAAAAGCGGCUUUGGCUCGAACGAUGCCUUUCGCGAGGCGGAUGAGCUUAUACGGGCGUGGCGGGAGCUGCACUAUGAGAGGGAGUUAGAGAGCGACUACUUCUUUCUUUCCGAUGACGAGGACUCGGAUACCGAGAGCGAGUGCGACAGCAACGAUGAGUCUGUCGCUGUGGUCCCUACUGUGUCAACCAGCCGCUGGCGGAGCCCUCCUGAGAGCUCGCCAACUAGCGGCAGCACUGUCGACGGCGAGUCCUCCGGUCAAGGUGUGGGCGUUGGGGGUAUACCGUGUCAGCAGGUGUGUGAAGUGUGACGAUUCAUUGAGAGUUAGGGUGACGAUGGGGAGGGAGGGCGGUAGGCAAUACCACCUCUAACGCGCUUCCAAAGCCGUCAUCAUCCAUGAUCUUUGGGAAUGAGAGGGUAUCCCAUCGCCGGGUAAAGGAAAGAAGGACUGGUCGGACAUUAAUAUUGGGUUGGGGAAUCCUGGUUUAGGACGGAUUUUUUUCCCUGCCCCUCAUCGCAAGGACAUGCACCUCUUUUAGCGCUUUCGUAGAGCAUUAGACACGCCCAUGGAUUGUCGACAGAAUCAAAAGUAUCGCU